AUGUUGCUCUUGUUGAGUAAAACCAGUAAAGGUGGACCUUGAAGACAUCUCUUGAGAUCCAUCGAAUCACAAGGCGGUUUAAAAAACUUUCAGUUUAGACAAUACUCUUCUAAUCCAAGUUCGAUUGAUGAACUUAGGUCAAAAAUUGCUCAAGCUGAAAAAGAUCAAAAUUUGACGGAUUUAAUAUUUCUAUAUAAUAAGCUUGGGUUUUAUUUUUGGAUAAGCGACAAUCUGCAUGAAUCUGUAACAUAUCAUGAAAAAUCAGCCAAAUUGCUGAAAAGAUUUUAG